AUGUCGGAAAUCCCGCGUCACUCGGGCGCUCUGUACACUCCGCCCGAUGCUCACCCCCCUCCGCCGGGUAUGCCACGCUGGAACCAACGGGGUCGGUCAUCAUCCCUAUCGUCGGGGCUAUCACGACGGAGCUCUGGAAAAGGGAGGAGAAAUGCCCUUAUUGCUAAGGCCAGUAGGUUCCAGAGAUGGGCCCACAAGAGGUUCAACAAGAUGACCUUGACGCAAAAGAUCUUGGGGUCACUGGUACUUUUGGUGAUGGGGACCACCGCCUUACUGGGGUUAAUAUUCCAUGCGAAGAUACUACACGCUAUGCUGCCGUUCGCUGCGAAGCUCAGGUACUUGAUCGAUAGUGGGAGGGGAGAGAAUAGUCGUGCUCCGUUGCUGAUUGUUGCUUGAUGUUUAGAAGCUGGAAGGCUGGGUGGCUCCUCAUAUUUGCUCUCUGCUUCGCUUCAGCUUUUCCACCCAUGAUCGGGUACUCGACUUCGGUGACGCUUGCUGGAUUUGUUUACGGGUUUCCUAAUGGGUUUGUUUCCGCUCAGCUUUGAGUUAGCGCCGUUCUUUUUUUUUUUAAAUUUACGUUCUGAGUGGUGUGACUGAUUUAUUUUCGCGGGUAGCUGGUUUAUAAUCGCUUCUGCCACCAUCCUGGGCGCUACCUGUGCCUUCAUGGUAUGUCGAUACUACCUCAAGAGCUUUGCAAAACGCAUGGUAGCCACCGAUAAGCGCUUUGCUGCGCUCUCUCUCACACUCAAGCAUGAUGGGAUUAAAUUGCUGUGCAUGAUCCGGCUAUGCCCCUUGCCAUAUUCGAUCUCUAAUGGUGCCAUGUCGACGUUCCCAACCGUCGGUCCGCUGAGCUUCAUGGUUGCAACAGCUGCGGCGACACCGAAGCUGUUGAUCCAUAUUUUUAUCGGCGCUAAGUUGGCUGAACUGGCCGAGGAUGAGGGCAAGAAGAUGGACUUGAAGACGAAGGCUUUGAACUAUGGAAGCAUUAUUGGGGGUAAUAAUAAAUGUUUUUCGUAUCGUGCUGGAGCUGACAUUUGAUAGGUGUUUUUCUUGGCAUCAUCACCGGAUGGUUGAUUUAUAAACGCACGAUGCUUCGGGCGAAACAACUCGGGGCGGAGGAGCGUGCACGGAUCCGCGCGCCUGUUGGGCAAAGCUUCACGGAUGCUGAAGAUGCAGAUGCAGAGGCAGCCGCCGGUCUCAUUGAGGAUCUCAUUGAAGGCGAGUAUCCAGAUUCCGGCGAUGACGAGUCUGAGGAAGGUGAUAUUCUUCUGGGCGAUGAUGAUGAUGAUGAUGAUGGUGAUGAUGAUGAGGGCCCUGGGUUUGGGAUGGAGGAUAGUCUAGAGCUUGAGAGGAACGAUACCAAGGGGCACUCUCAAACGCCACCUAAGGGUCCUAUCGCUCCAUAG